ACGGGUUGCUUGACAAGCAUUUCCGCAGUGUAGUGUCUAAUGUAUUAUGACAGAGGCUCUGCUGCCUGUCCUAAAUUCAGGCUAGACAGCUAGACAUACAUCAUUUCAUAUACAGAAGCUAGUGCAGAUGCAUGCACGUUCUCUUCGGGCUCGAGAUCCUCUUUCAGUGAUAUAACACUUUUAAACGAAUCCAGUCCGUGGACGUUGUGGUCUCGAUUCUAGAUGGUAAAAGCCACGUUCCUGGAGACAAGGAUGUCGAAACGGCUGCGAAAUAGCGAAGUUUGUGCGGAUUGCAGCAGUUCGGAUCCUCACUGGGCAUCUGUGAACAGAGGAGUUUUGAUAUGUGAUGAGUGCUGCGGUGUUCACCGCAGUCUGGGCCGCCACAACUCGCAAGUGCGGCAUUUGUCACACACACCUUGGCCGCCCACCCAGCUACAGAUGGUUCAGACAUUAUACAACAAUGGCGCUAAUGCAAUUUGGGAGCACACUCUGUUGGACCCCUCGUCCAUUAUGAGCGGCAAACGCAAAGUCAACCCUCAGGAUAAAGUCCACCCCAGUAAGGCAGAGUUCAUAAAAGCAAAGUAUCAAAUGCUGGCUUUCGUCCAUCAUUUACCUUGUCGAGAUGAUGACAGUUCAGCAUCCACAGAUCUAAGCAAGCAACUUCACUCCAGCGUUCGAACCGGCAAUCUUGAGACUUGUUUGCGGUUACUAUCCCUUGGAGCUCAAGCCAACUUCUUCCACCCGGAAAAAGGGAACACACCGCUGCACAUUGCAGCUAAAGCAGGGCAGGUUUGCCAGGCUGAACUUCUCUGUGUUUAUGGGGCAGACCCUGGGAAUCCAGACUCCAAUGGCAAAACACCCAUCGACUAUGCAAGGCAGGCUGGCCAUCAGGACCUGGCAGACAGACUGGUGGAGAUACAGUACGAGCUUACAGACCGACUGGCUUUCUAUCUCUGUGGGCGGAAGCCUGGUCACAAGAAUGGUCAACAUUUUAUUAUACCACAGAUGGCAGACAGCAGUCUGGAGAUCUCAGAGUUUGCGAAAGCUGCCAAAAGGAAACUACAGUCUCUCAGCGAUCAUUUAUUUGAGGAACUGGCAAUGGAUGUGUACGAUGAAGUCGAUCGAAGAGAGACCGAUGCAGUUUGGCUGGCCACUCAGAACCACAGCACCUUGGUAACGGAGACAACAGUUGUGCCUUUCCUUCCUGUGAACCCAGAGUACUCAUCAACACGAAACCAGGGAAGACAAAAGCUUGCAAGAUUCAAUGCUCAUGAGUUUGCCACUCUUGUGAUUGACAUAUUAAGUGAUGCAAAGCGUCGUCAGCAGGGGAGUUCAUUGUCAAGUCCUAAAGAUAAUGUUGACGUAUUCUUUAAAAGUAUGGGUAGUCGUCAUGGAAGUGAAAGCCAAGAAAUUGACCAGCCAGACUAUGAUAGUGUAGCAUCCGAUGAGGACACAGACACUGAUCUGCGAAUGGGCAAAGCAGACCGAGCUAAGAGUUUAGACUCCGACCUGUCUGAUGGCCCAAUUUCUGUACAGGAGUUUCUGGAGGUGAAAAAUGCACUUACAGCCUCUGAGUCCAAAAUACAGGAGCUGAUGAAGGCCAACAGUAACCUGAGUGAGGAGCUGAGACUGAUGCAGAAAAAGCUGCAGUCUCUGCAAAGCGAGAACAGCUCUCUCAGGCGGCAGGUCUCCGCUCAACAGCCUUAUCAGGCCCCUGGGGGCCCUAACCACCCCAAUCCCUCCAGUCCCUCCUCCUCUUCCUCCUCCUCUUCCUCUGCCCUGAAACGCCACCUGUCUGCUCGGGCGAGCCGCCCCAUGUCUAUGUAUGAAACUGGCUCUGGUCUGAAGCCCUUUCUCCCUAAGGGCGAGACCCCUUACCCUGAGGAGACCUUCCCCACCCUGCAACCCUUCCCAACCCAUAUCGGAAAGGGUUUGUUUGUGGCCUCCUCUUCAUCCCUUCCCUUCAUCCCCUCUUCAUCCUUCCCGUCCUAUUUGCGGGACGAGUGUGCACAAAGGGCCUCCAAGUUUGACAAGCAAAGCAGCGUGUCUGAUGGUGACUAUGAUAACACAGUCAACGAAUCUGACCUGGACGACUCAGGGUUUGGCCGAAGGUAUCGUCUGCGCAGCAGUGGCUGGAUGGGAGAGGGUGGCUCGAUACCUGAGCUGGAUGAUCACAACUGUGAGCCUGACCCCAGUCUGCCCAGCACAGAAGAUGUCAUCCGCAAAACUGAGCAGAUCACCAAGAACAUCCAGGAACUGCUAAGGGCUGCACAGGAGAACAAGCAUGAGAGUGCACCAUGUGAUCAGAGGGAGAGUGUCCGCAGACUUAGACACAGUCUGGGUUGUUUCAGCACACUGGUGCCUUGGGCAGACAAGCCCCCGUCUCCCAUGCAGCCGCUCGGCCUAAGAGCUCCACACCCAGCCAACCCCAACAACCCUGCCUCCUGCUUUAUACCCUGCGCAGAAAGAAUACAUUUGGCUGUGAAUGAAAUGGCUGCCCUCUUCCCCAAGAGGCCGUGCUCAGAAACAGUGAGGAGCUCUUUGCGGUUAUUAACGUCCAGUGCAUGCCGACUGCAAAGUGAGUGUAAGAAAGCAUCUCCUCUGGAGAGCGGCCCCACACCAGACAUGCAGUUGGUCACCCAACAGGUGAUCCAGUGCGCUUAUGACAUCGCCAAGGCUGCUAAGCAACUUGUUACCAUAACCACCAAAGAGAACAGCAACUGACCCUGUUUCCGCCCAUUUCCACUAUUUAUCUAACCCUGAAUAUUUCCCCCAUAUAUUAAUCAAUUUAUAAUUUUUUGGGUAUGCCAUUUGAGAGAUUUUUCUUUUUGUAUGCUGUAAUUGCAUGUUUUUUUUAUUUAAGAUGUCUGUUAGCAGUGUUAUUUGGCUUAAAGCCAUAAUAUAAAGCCCGAAAUGCUUUCAAGGGUUGUAUAAAAGGACAUGUAUAUGAGAAAGUGGAUUUGACUUGAUGGCAUAAUGUUGGGGAGUUUGAGAAGGCUUUGAGAGGAAAUUAAUCAAACAUGGAGCAGCCAAUCAUACUCCAAUCAGCCACAACAUUAAAACCACCUGCCUAAUAUUGUGUAGGUCCCUCUCGUGCUGCAGGCCAACAGCACCAACCCGCAUCUCAGAAUAGCAUUCUGAGAGGGGGCCUGGGUAGCUCAGCGAGUAUCGAUGCUGACUACCACCCCUGGAGUCGCGAGUUCGAAUCCAGGGCGUGCUGAGUGACUCCAGCCAGGUCUCCUAAGCAACCAAAUUGGCCCACUUGCUAGGGAGGGUAGAGUCACAUGGGGUAACCACCUCGUGGUCGCGAUUAGGGGUUCUCGCUCUCAAUGAGGCGCGUGGUAAGUUGUGUGUUGAUCGCGGAGAGUAGCAUGAGCCUCCCAUGCUGUGAUUCUCCAUGGUGUCAUGCACAGCGAGCCACGUGAUAAGGUACAUGGAUUGACGGUCUCAGAAGUGGAGGCAACUGAGACUUGUCCUCCGCCACCCGGAUUGAGGUGAGUAACUGCGCCACCACGAGGACCUACUAAGUAGUGAGAAUUGGGCAUUCCAAAUUGGGAGAAAAAUGGGAUAAAAAAAAAAAGUACAGCAUUCUGAGAUGCUAUUCUUCUCACCACAAUUGUACAGAGUGGUUAUCUGAGUUACCGUAAACUUUGUCAGUUCGAACCAGU